AUGUCUGAUACGGAGAAAACAAACCUGACUCCCGCUCCUGCGGCGGAGCAGACCCUUGGCAUGCGUAAGAAUGGCAAGCAAUGGCAUGCCCCCAAGAAGGCUUUCCGACCUACCGCUGGCUUGAAGUCAUAUGAGAAGCGAACGCAAGAGCGUGCUCUCAUGGCGCAAGUCAAGGCCAAGGAGAAGGAGAUGAAGGACGAGAAGGAACAGGAGCGCCAGCGCAAGAUUGCAGCUAUUAAGGAGAAGCGAUCAAAGAAGGAGGAGACUGAGCGAUACGAGAAGAUGGCCGAGAAGAUGCACAAGAAGCGAGUCGAGCGACUAAAGCGCAAGGAGAAGCGAAACAAGCUGAUCAACUCAUGA